CCAGUUGCAGACUUCAAUACUCUUCACGCUUUCACAUACAUUUCAACUGUUUUUCACUUCGUUUUUUCUUUAUCGGAGAAAAUGAGCAGUUCUGCCGGAGGAGCUAGCGGAGGAGACGCCGGAGGAGACGCCGGAGAAGAGAAUGUGUUUUCACAGGUGACUGAAUUCGCUAAAGUAAUUGAUGAUUUUCGCAAUCACUAUUUCCUCCCAAGUCGUCAGGGAAAAAUUGCUGUCCUGAAAGAACAAGCUGAUCGUGCUAUCCAAUUACUCGACGCUAUUCCUAAAGAGAAGAGGCAAUCGAAGGAGGAUCACGCGAUGUAUUUGUACUUGAGAGGGAAGUUUCUGGAUGUGUCUCCUGGUUAUAAUAAGGAAGCAGAGCAAAGUUUAACAGAAGCUCUUCAGUUGAAUCGUUAUAUGGUGGAUGCGUGGAUAUGCUUAGGAACUUGUGUUUGGAAACGAGGAGAUCUUGAUAAAGCUAAAAGUUGUUUUAAAUUAGGCCUUGAACAGGAUCCGAAAAAUUUGGAGCUAUUACGUCAAUUAGCAGUGCUCGAAAGAAGACAGUGCACUGGUGAAAUAGAGGUUGAAGAUCCAGAAGAAAUCAUUGCUGAAAGUAUUAAGCAUGCCAAGGAAGCAAUUGCUCUGGAUAUCCGGGAUGGAAUAUCAUGGUAUGCCCUAGGAAAUGCAUGUCUCACCGCCUAUUUUCUGACUGGAGCUUGGGAUCAUGAUAUGCUUUAUCAGUCAUUAAAAGCAUACAAGAAUGCUGCGAAAGACCAAAAGAUGAUGCGCAGUGCUGAAUUGUGUUUCAACUGCUCGAUGACGUACAAGUUUCUGGAGAACUAUUGGAUGGCCCUAUCUGGAUUUGAAAGUGCUGGAUUGUUGGAUCCUAGUAUUAAAGCUAUAGAGCAAGCGUCAAAUCUGUGCGAUGUUCUUGAUGAUGUAGACUCUUUGCUUAAGAAACUAAAUGAUGCUAAGCAGCUUUCUUCUCCAACAUCAUCAUCUCUUCCUACUGUUGAUUCGCUAGCAUCAUCCCUUGCUUCUGUUGAAUUGGAUCCUUCUUAUGAGAGAGCUACUGUCGAUCGCCUAACUGAAGGUCUUAAUGAAGGAAAAGCAGUCACAGGAAAAGUUCUGUUUUCAGUUAAGAAUCCCAGCAAAAGACCAAUAUACUAUGUCGUCUGUGAUUCUGACCGCACAUGUUUUGUAAUUACUGUUUACGGAAUACGUGGCACUGCAAUCAAAGAAGAAGAUCAGAUCACACUUUUGGAUCCUUUCUACCAUUCCUUUGAUUUUGAAUGGAAAUUAAAGCGAUAUCAGUUCAAAUCAGUGCGAGUGGAUUUUCUGCGACAACUUCGUGUUAACGGUGCAAUUGUCUCGCCUCAACAUGUUAUUCAUCGGUCAAUGUACGCCGAUCUCAUGAAAGGAUAAGGAGUCUGUGUUCUUUUCUACUUGUCAGUAAGAUACCUUGAAUAAUACUCUGGUGAUUAGUUCAACUGUGACGGAUUUCAUGUAAAUAGCAGUAAAGGAAACAAAACUGAUCAAGAUUUUGAAUGCUCCUAUAACUUCCCACCAGUAAAGCAAUAUGCAUUCUACAGCUGUGGAAUCAUCAUCUUUCUCAUCUUCA